CGAAAAAGUAGAAGGAAUGUUCGCGGCACAUGACGUUUCCACACCACGUGGACAUGCGUUGGACAACGACAUCUGCACGACCGCGCAACGUUGUCGAUGUCCGUUGACGCGCACAUUGCCGACGGCAUCGCAGUGGAGCUUGAGCCCGACGAUCGAGAAGACGGUAAGAAGGAAAUGACGAUCGCAUUCAACGAGGAACACCAGACGACCAACAACUUGGCCAAGAUAUACGUCGCUCGAUCGACCCACUCCACGCAGUUCGAGCGGAAGGCGGCCGAAAUUGAGGAGGAGGCAGCCCUGCGUGAGGCGGAACUCAAGGCAGAAGAAGAAGCAUCCCUUGCUGCAUUUCGUGCCGCACUCGAAUUGAAGCGCCAAAAAGCGAGAGAAGCUCAACUCGCCCACGAAGAAACUGUUGUCCGAGCUGUGUGCGCGGCGUCACUCUUGGAGUUUACCGAGCGGGAACGGAUUGAAGCACAGAUGUCACUCGACGAGAAGAAGCGCUUGGAGGACGAAGCAGCGCAACUCGAGAACAUUGCUGCGUUGACGACGGCGGCAAAACGGUCUAAGACCAUCGCUGUACAGAGUGUGUUGGAUCUCAAAGCUAAAGCGUAUCAAGCCAAACUGCAAGCACAAAAAGCAAUCCAAGAAUACGAAAUGAAGGAGCGGGAACGACAAGAGAAGCUUGCAGCCCUCUCCGACCUCGAAUCGCAGCGGGAGUUGGAGCUGCAGCUUGGAGCGAUGAAGCAGCGCCAGGAAGCUGCCACGUUGAAACGGCAAGAGAGCGAGCGUCGCGCACUAGAGGCCAAAGAACGAGCCCAAUCGUUGCGCCAAUCUGCCUUGGACGCCGCCAAGCACAUGCGCGAGACCACCAAGCUAGGGAUUUCUGCCAUACUGGAGAGUGAAGAGAAAGUUCGCGAAGCGCAUUACGCGUCAGAACUACAGACAGUUCAAGGAGCCAAGGAAGAAGCCCGACGACGGCGUGAGGAGAGCGAGCGCCGUGCGACAGAGGCUGCACAGAGGGCGGCAGCACUACGAGAAAAGGCCGUGAACGCUGCCAAGGACCUGCGCAGUAUCUCGAAGCGUGGGAUCGAAGCAGUGCUUGAGAAGGAAGAGUUGUUGCGCCACCAGCAAUUCCAGAGCCAGAUGAGUGCAGUUCAGUCAGAGCGCGAAGAAGCCACGCGAAGGCGCGAAGAGUGCGAACAACGGGCUAUUGCAGCCGCCGAGCGCGCCAAGACGAUGGCAUCACAAAUUUCACUGUCCACACCACAAAGCACAUUGACUCUAGCAACAACCGACACUACAGAACAUACAUCACUUAGCCCCGCCAUCGACAUUGCUGCCAGGGCAACCCUCGACGAUACGAUCAUACCUGAGAAUAUCGAGUCGCCAACUGCAAGGAAGGAUGCGCCGGCUGCUGAAGUGGUUGCGCCGUCUUUGGCUCCGUUGCCAGCAGGUCGUGCGAAGAAAGAGCGAAAGAAGAAGUGCGUGAUCAUGUAGGAGGAAGAGUGCAGUCGAAUUGGUAGUUGCAGUGUUUGAAAAUUGACCAAAUUUUCAACGAUUUGGGGAGAAAACGCAGCAAAUAUGUGAAAUAAGUUAAAAAUGGACGAA